GCGAAGGUUGCGGCAUCAUUCUCUAAUCUCUUCUACCCUGUGUCUUGGAGUUUCAUGUUCUUCUGCCUUGCAACUUUGACUUAUUUAUUUUAUCACGAUCUCAUCCUUGUAAAACACGGACUGAUUCUGAUUAUUCUACAUGUGGGAGCAGUUUCUGUCGUUUUGCUAUUCAGACGCAUGAGGGAAGAAGACGGGACAGCUGCCGUUCGAUAAUAUUUAGUCCGAAAAUAUCAGAUUUUUGUGACGACAUGUUUUGAACCGUUACAUUGCUUUUCUAUUGUUUUUCACGGACACCUUUUAUUUACCCACUAUGAAUUUAUGUGGAUCUGAACAGACUGUAUCAUCUAUCUAAAUGAAUGAAUUCAGCCAUGCAAUGUUCCUGGAAGGCUGUGAUUCUGCUAGCCUUAGCGUCCAUAGCGAUCCAGUACACAGCCAUCAGGACGUUCACAGCCAAGCCAUUCCAGAUGUGUCCAGUGACAAUCUCCAACCCUCUGAACUGUGGCAUGCUGGGGCAGGAUGUGGUGGACUUUUCUUUUGACAAGCGGAUCUGUGACGACUUUCUUUACUUCUCCUCCAAUGUCUCCAGGAAGACCCAUGUUCUGAUCCUGGCCACGACCCGCAGCGGCAGCUCCUUCGUGGGUCAGCUGUUCAACCAGCACCAGGAUGUGUUUUAUCUGUUUGAGCCGCUCUACCAUGUCCAGACCACCCUGCUCCCCCGCCUGUCCCGCAGCAGGACGGCAGGCGACACCAGGGUGAUGCUGGGGGCAAGCAGGGACCUGCUCCGGAGCCUCUACGACUGUGACCUUUACUUCCUGGAGAGCUACAUCAAACCACAGCCGGCCAAUCACAGUACAGACAAGCUGUUCCGGAGGGGAGCCAGCAAGGCUCUGUGCUCCCUGCCCGUCUGCGACGCCUUCAGUCCUGGAGAGUUGAACAUCGAUGAAGGAGAGUGCGUCAAGAGGUGUGGGGUUCUCAACGUGACUCUGGCGUCAGACGCUUGCCGGGAGCGGCGCCAUGUGGCCAUCAAGACCGUACGGAUACCGGAGGUGAGUGACCUCAGGGCUCUGGUGGAGGACCCUAGGCUCAACCUCAAGGUGAUCCAGCUGGUUAGGGACCCCCGAGGGAUCCUGGCCUCACGCAUUGAGACCUUCAGGGACACCUACCGCCUCUGGAGGAUCUGGAGGGCCACUGGGAGGAGGCCCUACAACCUGGACCUCACCCAGCUUUCCAUGGUCUGUGAGGACUUCCUGGGAUCUGUAACCACUGGGCUCAGCAAGCCCCCAUGGCUCAAAGGGAGGUAUAUGCUGGUCAGGUAUGAGGACCUGGCCAAGAACCCUCUCCAGAAGACCAAGAAGAUCUAUGAUUACCUGGGUCUGGUCAUGGACAAGAACGUAGGAGACUGGAUCCAGAACAACACUAGGGGAAGCAAUGAUCUGUCAGCCAAGCAUAAAUACGGCACUGUUCGGGACUCAGCGGCCAACGCAGAAAGCUGGAGGCUCAAAUUGUCUUAUGACAUGGUUGAUUACACACAGACUGUGUGUCAGCAAGUUCUACAGGAGCUGGGUUAUAAGACUGUCAGUUCGCCCGAGGAGCUGAAAAAUCUGUCUCUCACUCUCAUCGAGGACAAAAUUUUUGUACCUUUUUUGUAG